AUGUUCGCCUCGGUGGGCCCUCGGGGCGGCCCGCGCCCACCCGUCGCCCCGGCCAUCCCGGAACCGGACCUGAGCCAUCUGACAGAGGAUGAGAGGAAGAUCAUCAUGGCUGUGCUGGCUCGGCAACGGGAGGAGGAGGCGAAGGAGGAGGCCAUGUUAAAAGAAGAUAAGCCUAUCCAAGCAAGAACGGUGAACCUGGUCGGGCAGAAGAAACCUCCACAGCAAAAUGAUGUCCGGGGCAUCCAGCAGCAGUUGUCCAGCUACAGGGAGACGGUGAUCCGGCAGGCCUCGGCGGCGACGGGUUCGGCUGUUCACCGGGACGACGCGCCAACCUGCGGCAUUUGCCACAAGACAAAGUUUGCAGAUGGCUGUGGGAACCUGUGCUCGUACUGCCAGACCAAGUUCUGCGCCCGCUGUGGGGGGCGAGUGUCACUGAGAUCCAACACGCAGGACAAAGUGGUGAUCUGGGUGUGUAAUAACUGCCGGAAGCAGCAGGAGAUCCUCACCAAGCCGGGCGACUGGUUCACGAGUUCGCCUGGAAACCCUGCUGGCCUUGGAUCUGCUGUCAGCGAGCCGUCCGUGUGCCAAACGUCUGGGGAUAAGAAGCUCCGAUCGCGCUCCCAAGCCCCCUCAGACUCCACCACAGCAAACCAAGACCCCAACCGACCAAACACACCCGGGACCACAGCUGGCACCGAUGCAAGGUCACGUAGCGAACCACCGCGAGACACGAGAAAUGGACGGGGAGUUGGAGGAGCUGGUCGGGGAGAGCGGAGGCCAGGACAAUCCAGGCUGCAGACCCAGGUCUCCAUGGACAGGGACCUCCGUGGGGAGUCAAGGGAGCGCAGAGAAAGCCGGCGACUAACUAAGGGACGCUCUCUGGAGCAUGAUCCUGUGGGAGGAGGUGGCGGAGUAAGGCGGACAGAAGAGGGGGGCUCCCGCCAUGUGGACCACAAUGGUGCCACCCCUUGCCAAGCAGGGCUGGUCCCUCCUGGAGGUCGGGGACACCCUGUGCCCAUGCAGGGUCAUGGUGUGGGCAUAGUUGGGGAGUUUGGGGAGGGUGUACGGCCUGGUCAGAGGACGGUGGGUCGGGUUGUUGGGCCGCAUGAACACACCCUGGCUCAGCAAGCCCAUCCCCCUGAACUUAGAGAGCCACUUGGCUCGGGACCUGGCUCAGCCCCCGACCAGGGACCUGGGAUGAGGCGGACCAAACGGGAGAAGGCAGAGAGUAUGCUGCGCAACGACUCACUAAGCUCUGACCAAUCAGAAUCUCUGCGCCCACCACCGCCAAGGCCCUACAAGUCGAAACGAGGGCUGGGGGCUGGAGGGAAGAGACAAACCAGCGUCAGCAGUUCAGAAGAGGAAGGAGGGACCACGCCAGAGUACAGCAGCUGUGAGGAUGCUGAGAUUGAAAGUGUUAGCGAGAGAGGUGACUGGGAGUGCUACCCACAUGACCCCACUGUGUGGCAUCAUCCUGUAACCUGGCAGCCAUCUAAGGAGGGAGACCAUCUGAUUGGACGGAUCACCCUCAGCAAGAGGAGCACUGCAAUGCCAAAAGAAGCUGGAGCUCUGCUGGGGUUAAAGGUGGUGGGAGGCCGAAUAACAGAGUCAGGAAGAUUAGGUGCCUUCAUCACUAAAGUCAAGAAGGGCAGUCUGGCUGAUGUGGUGGGACAUCUCAGAGCAGGGGAUGAGGUUUUGCAGUGGAACGGGAAACUGUUACCAGGAGCGACUAUGAAGGAAGUUUACAACAUCAUCCUCGAGUCUCAAGCCGAGCCUCAAGUGGAGCUGGUGGUAUCCAGGCCUAUUGGGGUGUGUAGAACAUAUCAUGAUAUCCCAAGAAUCCCCGACACGUCCCACCCUCCGUUAGAAUCUACAGGUUCCAGUUCUUUUGAGUCACAGAAGAUGGAGAGACCGUCGUUACAUGUACUAUCUCCCUCCAGUCCCGGGAUGCUCAAGGACAAUCCACAGUUAAUGCCAGGGCAACUCUCAGUGAAGCUGUGGUAUGAUAAAGUCGGUCACCAGCUAAUAGUCAACGUGCUGCAGGCUGUAGAGCUUCCACUUCGCCCUGACGGGCGGCCCCGGAGCCCCUACAUCAAAAUGUACUUCCUCCCUGACCGCAGUGACAAGAGCAAACGAAGGACAAGAGCAGUGAAGAAGACGUGUGAGCCCAAGUGGAACCAGACGUUCGUCUACACUCAUGUCCAUCGCAGGGAUUUCCGCAACCACAUGCUGGAGCUGACCGUGUGGGACCAACCCAGGUCUCCAGAGGAAGACAGCACCUUUAUGGGAGAGAUCCUAAUAGAGCUGGAGACGGCCUUACUGGACGACAAGCCUCACUGGUUUCCACUCCAAACCCAUGAUGUCUCAUCCAUACCGCUGCCCAGAGCCUCCCCGUUCCUGCCCCGACGACACACAGAGCCCCCUGGCAAGAAGCUGCAGCCAGCAGAUGGGCGUGGCAGGGAGAGGCAACGGGAGCCUACGUCUACUCUGGAGGUGCCCGAGCAGCAGAGGACGCCCAGCCAUCACUUACGAUCCCGCUCGGUCUCCCCGCACCGUGAGGAGCAGGGGCGGAUCCGGUCACGGCCGCCCAACGUUCCCACCCAGAGGAGUUUGGAUGAUGAGCUUCCUCACUCCCGUUGUUCUCGUUCUCCAACUCGCUACUAUGACGCUGCCAGAGGUCGCCACCAGGAGGAGGAGUACCUGGACGACAGUGAGAUCUUCAUGAUCCACCACUCAAUGCGAGGCAAAAGUGCUGAGUGCCUCCACAUCAGGAGAUCUACUAAGCACAAUAACACACUGCCCCCUAAGAUGCCACUUUUGUUCAACGGCAUCAACAAACGCACAAACAGUUCCACGCUGCCUGCAUGCCGAAAGAUGAGCUCUCACAGGGGACCGCAAAUAGUCGGGGCUACACACCAUUCCGUCACACAGCGAGUUGUAAUGUUCACAGAUGAGGUGACAGUUAGUGAUCUUCAGCCUACUCUGGACAGAGUUAGAAGUGCUAGUGCCAACUGUCUGACUCCAGACAAUCAUGCCCCCUCACCAGAGACUGAAAGAAAAUCUUUGUCCCGCUCCCUGCCCCGAAGACGUCCGGCAAGUCCCAGGAUUCUUAUUCAACACGCUUCCCCAGAAGAUGACAGAAUAUGGAUGCUACUUCCUGCUCAAGAGACUUUAAUUCAGCUCAGUACAAUGAAGAGACAGCCUCGGACCCUGGAAACACCUGAAUGUCAGACUCAUGGCAGGAAGCUCUCUGGCAGUGGCAGGGGCCACCUCCAAGGUGGUGCGUCUCUUUCCUCCUCAGUGACGUCCUCCUCAGCCCGCAGAGUGAGGCAGCUCCCACAGCUUCCCCCCAAGAGCAACACUGCAGAACAAGCCCUGGUAGCAGAGGAGCGUGUUCGUCAGCUCCAGAAGAGGGUUCAUUCCAACCGGGUGUCAGCUGCUUCCACCUCCAGCCAACAGGACCUGGACAGAACGCUCAAGAACAAACGGGAGCUCUACAAGGAUCAGAGGAGGAGCAGUGAAAACGUUUCCCAUAAGUCCUCAGACAGUGAUGUCAGCGACGUGUCAGCCAUCUCUCGAACCAGCAGUGCCUCUCGCAUCAGUAGCACCAGCUACAUGUCCAUCCAGUCAGAGAGACCCCGGGGACGCUUCAGCCGGGCCAUUCGUGCAACGGGCGGCCACAUGAUGAAGAGCACCAGUGUGAGUGGUGAGAUCUACGGCAUGGACCACGCCGAUGGCAGCCAAUCAGACACCGCGCUGGGGAGCCUCGGGAGCGGGAUCAAGAAGCGGCGCUCGAGCCUGAGCCAACGUGUUGUGGCCAUCCUACCAUCUAGACGCAGCCGGAGUACCUCGCAAAUCAGCCAGACAGAAGCGGCGGGUAAGGCGAAGGACAGACAGAAAGCAGCGACGGCAGGUAAAAAGGUGGCCAAGGCCGGCAGCAGCAGCUUCAAGAGGAGUGAGGAGUAUGGCAUUCCGGUGGAGUUUCCGCGUGCAGGGUCGGUCAUCAACCGGCAGGCCAGCAGAGAGUCGACUGAUGGCAGCAUGAACAGCUACAGCUCUGAGGGGAAUCUGAUCUUCUCAGGGAUGCGUUUGGGUGCCGACAGUCAGUUCAGUGACUUCCUGGACGGUUUAGGCCCCGGUCAGCUAGUGGGCCGGCAAACACUGGCAACGCCUGCCAUGGGUGAUGUCCAGCUUGGUUUGAUGGAUAAGAAAGGCCAGCUGGAAGUGGAGGUGAUCAGGGCACGAGGCCUUACCCCCAAACCAGGCUCCAAAUCCCUCCCAGCUCCCUACGUGAAGGUGUACCUGCUGGAUAAUGGAACUUGUAAAGCCAAAAAGAAAACCAAGAUUGCACGAAAGACCCUGGAGCCUCUCUACCAGCAGCCACUGCUCUUUGAUGAGAGUCCACAGGGCAGGGUGCUCCAGGUGAUAGUAUGGGGCGACUACGGACGAAUGGACCACAAAUGUUUCAUGGGUGUAGCACAGAUCCUAUUGGAGGAGCUGGACCUUUCAAGCACGGUGAUUGGCUGGUACAAACUGUUUCCACCAUCUUCUUUGGUGGACCCUACAUUAGCUCCACUAACGCGACUGGCAUCUCAGACGUCAUUAGACAGCUCAGGACCGCCGCCAGGCAUUCGGUCCUAGUGACCGGAUAGUGACUGCAACCCCCCCAAUAUCCCUUAAAUGACAAAAUAAUGGACCACAGCUACUGGACCACAGCUGAGCCGAGGGCGAAGAUCCCACUCAAGAACAACAACAAGAUGCCCUCGGUCAACCAGUGAAAAGCCAGACGGAGAGACAGGGAAUGAGAGAGCGAGAAAGAGAGAGAGGGAGAGACAGAACUAGCCAAUCAAAGCUUAGCUGGAGUCUGACAAUCACGUCUCACACCUUCCCUCUUCCUCCUCCGUACACCUUUUGGUUUCUAAAGCUUAGCUUUCUUUGUUUCCUCCUGACUCGCAGCAGUAGAGAUUCUGUCCAACAUUCUUCACUUCUCUCUACUGUUCCUUUCUUUUGUUUGUUUCUUCUCACUGUUUUUGGGCAGCCCCUAUCAGAGCACUCGACCCAUGGAGAGUCCUCCACCCGGUAGCGCCCCGGCCAAUCAGAGUAGAGCGUACUGAAUGGUCCAAACAGUGUGUGGGAGCUAGUAGGUAGCAAAAUGAUGCAGCUGUACUGUUACCAUAGUAAUAGUGCUGUUGUAGUUGAACAUGCGGGGCAACGGUUUGGCACAGUUUGGUGACCCCUUCAGGUGGGGGGGGGGGGGGGCCUACACGUGCACAUUCUGAGCCUUGUUGUGAGAUAUGAUGAAAGCAAGCACAAGAAACGCUUGAGUCCUUGAUUCUGAGAAACAAGAAGUUUCACUCUUUGUCCAAACAAAGAAGAAAGAAAAAAGAGGCCAAAUUAACUUUAUACUUUUUUAACUUUUCAUUUUUUGAAUCAUAUUUUAGGUCUUUGGUUUGCCUAGAGUUCAGAUUGGUACCAUAAGGUGCAGACUCCCUCUGUGUACGUGUAUGGUUGGUUUUCGAGCGAUGAUGUGCCAAAGGCCGACAACAAAGGUCAGGUCCCAUUCGCCCGAACACCCCUCACCCAGUCCUCACCCAGUCCUCACCCCCACCCCGUCUCUCCCCCUUCCUAAACCCUCACACUCCCCCUGUAGGAGGGAGCAGCAUGACUCGGGGAUGCCCCGCCCCCGGCCCCAAGCUGCAUGCACGUUUCUUUUGUUCUGUUUGUUUCGUUAUUUAGUUUUGUUCUCUCUACUUUUUUUGUAAAAUCGAAAACGAGACAAAUUAAACGAACAGUUCUCAAAAACAAAAACAGAAAAAAGACUAGACAAUGUGUGUUAGUUCCACAUACCUUUAGGCCAGCUUGUAUGUUGCAUGUUCUUGUACAGUUUGCUCGUACUGAAUAUGAAUACAAACCGAGAAAAGCCAUCCCCGCCCCCUCGCAGGAGCGGACCAAUGAGGGGAGGGGGGGGUCAACUCCACCCAGGCCACGCCUACCACUCUGGGUCUAAAUAUCCAUAUUCGGAAGUCUCCAGAAAACAAACGAUUCUGUUUGAGUUUUUCUUUGAACCCUUUGAACAACAGUGCUGUUCUGUAGUACUGAGCAUACUCGAGCCCCUGGUGUAUCUGAGGAUAUGAGUAGACGUCUAAACUGUAGUUAACGACAGCCGGGGCUAGAGACAGAGAUAGAGAAUGUGUGUAUAACAGCUAAAUGUAUAUGAAGUAUCAUUAUGAGUUUGACAGAAAUGAUAAAGAUAUAGAUAUAUGAAUAUAAAAAGAGUGUAUAUGACUGUACACCCAACACACACAGACAUGCACACCUUGUACAUACAAAUCAGGAUGAGCGGCUUGAGUUGAAGAUAUGAACAAACGAAACAACGCUGACACACAAACAUUCCUGGUCUUGUCGAGGGGAGUUUGCGUCCCGUUGAUGUGCUCGAGCUGCUGAGCGGCUCCGAGCCACAAGGGAGCGCUAAUAAACCUUUAUUUUUGUCCCAGUUGAAAGAAAAACAAGCAGAACCAAUUAGAACAAAGUUUACUUUCUCUUCCUCAAAUGCCCCUUCCCUGUUUAUUACUAUUGGUUUGGACUGGACUUCUAAAACCAAUGAGAGAUGUGGUUUUGCAGACAUAUUUUGCGGAUGUUUCUGUUGAAACCCUUGGCGGUGUGGCCGACUGCCUUUUCCUUUGUCAGUAUUACUCCAGGGAUACUGAUUGUUUACAGCCCACGGCUCCCCACUCCCAAACCAUGAUUCUAGACGAAAGGCGAAGUAUUCACUGCAACAGUUCUUGUUUGUAUAACAGAUGUGGCUCUACUGAUGUGUAUGUUUUAUAUUCAAGAGUUCAUUUUUAUUAUUUACAAAUAAAAGACUGUGUGGAAGAAGAUCAUGGCUUUUUCAAA